AUGUCCUCAGAAACCACGCCUUUCUCCGGAGUUCAGUGUAACAAGUGGUGGGAAGCUUGCAAAGAGGAAUACACUUGUCACAGGAACUGGCUGGUUGACAUGGACUGGAGCCUUGAGGGGUUGAACACCUGCAAAGAGGGCUCGGUAUGUAGGAAAUACACAGAGAUUUACAAUUCAUCCACCGACUUCUGCAGCACUGUUUUCAAUGGCGCUUACAAGGCGGUCCCAGACUCGGAACCCUGCAUGGUGUUCACCUUCGACACCUCGAAACCAAACCCAAAUACAGCAGUGGCCCGUGAAGCUGCGAAGAAAAAGGCUGCAAUGGUGGUUUGA